UCUCCGGUCGAUAAGUGUCGUGCGGCACGUAAUUACACUGUAAAAUCAAUUGGACGACUUUCUCUGGUUCGUUUUCCAAUGGACAAUUGUCGAGUGCGAAUCGACGUUAAUGAGUGUACGUGAUUGCGAGUGCUUUGGUUUUUUUUGCGUUUAAGUAAUUUAAUGUGGGAAAUUCCAAUAAGAUUGUCGAUCGAUUCGUAUUGGAGUCGCGUCCGGUGGGUUGCCUAGACCGUUGCGCCAAUCUAGUGUCAGAGUGUGUGUUGUGCGUGUUGUUUUUUUUUUUAAUAUAUAUAUACAUAUACAAUCGUUCCGUGCAUUAUUAUUAUUCACUGCAAUUGUGUAAUGUUUAUGCGUUUCCGCGGAAUGCGGGUCCGGUUUCGUUGCUAUUUUCGAGUCGAUGCAAUGUAAUUGUCCUCCGAGCUUCAGUGUCUCUGUGCUCGUACAUAAUUGUACGGUGCAUAUGUGUUUGUGUGUAUAUUUGUUCGGCAAUGGACGUGUUGACAGCAGCCAACGUAGAUCUUGAAUCGGUUUUGUUUUGAGCAACAGCAUAAAUCGUAGUCGGCCAUAGACGUCGUUAAUCAUAGCCACCUUCGCACGUAAUCGCAUCAAUCGUUGCAAUUGUUUUUUUUCGUUCUUUUUCUUCAUCAUCUUUCUUCUCUUUGUUGAUUGGUUGUGGGGAGCGCGGGGGGAGACAGCGGGUUUUUUGACCAAAACACAAACGUCCUUGAAAAAUCAAAAAGUGCGAAGCGACGGCUGUCACGUGAUUCAAAAUAGGGCCCGAGGAUUGGCCCGGUGUGAGCGUGCCCUGCGUCGGCAGCGUGCGCGCCAGUGAUUACAAAAUGCCGUCAGAGUCUAAACCUUUGUUGACAGCUCAAACGGAAAAACCGAAUCAUUACUCGUAUCUGAAGGAAUUCCGCGUCGAACAAUGCCCGCUUUUCCUGCAGCACAAAUGCACCCAGCAUCGACCCUUCACCUGUUUCCACUGGCACUUCAUGAACCAGCGUCGGCGAAGACCGGUCCGACGAAGGGACGGCACCUUCAACUACAGCGCCGACAAUUAUUGCACCAAGUACGAUGAGACGACGGGAAUCUGCCCCGACGGAGACGAAUGUCCGUUUUUGCAUCGAACCGCAGGAGACACGGAGCGUAGAUAUCACCUGAGAUACUACAAGACAUGCAUGUGCGUGCAUGACACCGAUUCCCGAGGAUACUGCGUAAAGAACGGGCUGCAUUGCGCGUUUGCUCACGGUAGUCUGGACCAUAGGCCGCCAGUGUACGACAUCAAGGAAAUUCAAGCGCUCGAGGCGUCCGAAGCCGACGGAGGAGGUUCUGCGAACGGUCCGAACGCCCUCGACAAGGAGCGGAAUCUGAUGAACGAGGAUCCCAAAUGGCAGGACACCAAUUACGUUCUGUCCAAUUACAAGACGGAACCCUGCAAGCGUCCGCCGAGACUUUGCAGACAGGGAUACGCCUGUCCGCAGUAUCACAACAGCAAAGACAAACGGCGAAGUCCUCGGAAAUUCAAGUACCGUUCGACGCCGUGUCCGAACGUGAAGCACGGAGAGGAAUGGGGUGAGCCGGGCAAUUGCGAUUCCGGUGAUCUCUGCUCGUACUGCCACACCCGCACCGAGCAGCAGUUUCACCCUGAGAUCUACAAGAGCACGAAAUGCAACGACGUGCAGCAGGCUGGAUACUGCCCAAGGGGUGUUUUCUGCGCUUUCGCCCACGUCGAACAAGAGAUGAGCGUCUCCCGAGAGAACGCCGGUCCCCUGGACGGGGGCACCAAUUUCGCAGAGUUACUCUCCAACGCUCUGCCGCAGACGCAUUCAUUGGAUAAAUGCAAGGAGAAGAGCAGCGAAAGCAGCAAUGGAAGCAGCGAAGUAUCAGAGUCUGCUUCUACGUCGUCGUUGGGUUCGAACAGUUCGCACAGCAAGGCACCCGGUUCCCAACUCACACACAAAACCUUGAACUGUCAUCGGCCUACGAUUGGCACCUUGGAAUUGACGAAGCAGCUUCUGGCCAUCGACAAUGAUCCCAACUUAGAUGCAAUAGAGAGAGAGCAGAAGAAGCAGACGCUCUGUCUGGCGUACAGCGGUAUUGGGCCGCCAUUCUUCAACACCGGAAACGAUUGUAUCGUCACUGUCGGUAACUUGGAGAAACUUCACAUAGACGUGGAUCUGUCCGAGCUGGACACGGAACCGCCGUCGGUAUCGAAUUCGAUAUCCGUGGGAUUGGCAUCUGCUGGGAUGUUACGCAGCUCCGCCCCCGUCAACAUACCGGGGGCGGCGCGUACCGUCUUCAGUCCGAGCAGCAGUCCACUGAAUCUGCAUUCGUCGUUCCUGGGCGCUUCCAGGUUUUCGCAAGGACAGGAUCACAUGGAUACGUUCCUCAACCAUUCGCAGAUGCCGCUCAGCAGCAGCGCUUCCAAGAUCGCCAACUCGUUCAGCAACUUCUUCGACUAUCAGAACAUCUCGCCGAGCAACACCCGCAAUCACAACAGCUUCAGCAUGUCGCCUAGUCUGGGCGGCGGCGGCGGCAGCAGCAGCGGCGUCGGAGGCGGCGCGACCGUCGGUGGAAAUGCCACCGGAGGCAUAGAGGUCGCACAGCUGCGCGAGGAUCUGAGCAACGCGAGACUGCAGCUGGCCAGCUGGAGCGAUCGACUGCUGCAGGCGAAGACGGCGUGCGAUGCGUGGCAACGCGAAACCGAGGAAGCGAACAGAAAGGUGGCGGUCGCCGAGCAAAAGAUCGGCGAUCUGGUGUCGCAGUACGGGGCGCUGAAGUUGGACUACGAGCAGGCGCAGGGCGGACCGCAUCUGCACAGUAUUAUGAAGGUGUCCGAGCUGAGUAAGCUGUCGCUGGGCGCCCUCAAAGGUAUACAGUCCAAGCUUAAGCAGGACUUGGAGGAGGUGGAUAAGGUGCUGUACCGCGAGACCGCCUCCAAGUGCAUGGUCUGCGAGGAGAAGAACCGCACGGUCACUCUCAAUUGCAAUCACUUCGUACUGUGCAGUGCGUGCGCCGCAACGCAGACCGAAUGCCCAUACUGCCAGACGCCCAUCAACUUAGCGAGCAGCGUCGGCAUGUGAGGUUAACACACGUAGGCUUGUACGCAAUAUACCUUUGCAAACAACACACAUCCCCUUGAGCUCUACCUUCUUCGAUUCCGACGAUCGAGAAUGCAUCAUCCUCCCCGUUUUUCAUUAAACGCCUUUCAUCAUAUUCCAGAAUUUGACAGUGCCAACCAACAAAUUGAGAGAGAUAGAGAAGAAGUAGAUUGUUGAUGAAGAGAACAUUUCCAGAAAUUAUUAUUUUUCUAAGAUUGAUGAAUGAGAUUUGACGAUGGAAAGAAAACCAAUACAUUUCAUAUUGAUUGAGCGUUAUAAGAAAGGGGGAGUGAAAGGACAAAGCAAGAAGUAAAUGAUUUACUUGAGAGUAGAAAGGAGAGAGAUGAGAUGGGAGAUGAAAGUUUUGAUAUUGCACAGGUACAUUGCGUACAUUUAACAAAUUGAUGUAAUUUUUAAUUAUUAUUAAUUAAGGAUAAAGAAGAUGAAAAAGAAAUUGGUGUAUAUUCGUACAUAUGCACACAAGAUAUAUUAUAUAUACAUACAUACAUAUAUGUAAGUAGGGUUUAUCUAUUUUUCAAUUUUACAUACUAGAAUCAAACAAAGAAAACGUGGAACAAACAAAAUCAAAUUCCAAAUUUUUCAACGGCUUGUGGAAAUUCACGAGAGAGGAAAAAUACAAAUUAAUUAAUGAUUUGCAUGAUCGCGUCUCCUUUUCGCUCGACGUUCAAAAUAUAAUAAAUUCAUUUAACAAGUCAAUUUUCGAGUCGGAUUCGAGCGCGUUCACUUUACUUAUUUUACAUCAUCUGUAUUAAUUGUUUAUUAUCAAGAAGCUUUAAGCACUUUUACUAACUUUAUUAUAUUUUACAACACAACUAAUUUUAAGCUAACAAAAACAAAAAAAACAAUUAUUCCAUUAAAUCUUAGACAUCUUAAAAAGAAGACAAAACACUGAUUCUAUACUCUUUUGUUUUUUUUUUGUUUUAUAUUUGAAUUUGUUUAUCUUCUCUCGCGAAUUUCCGAAACGCGUUUCUCGAUUCGAUUCCAUUAUUUUACUCUUUUGUUUUUUGUAAUUAUUAUUAUCAUCAUCAUCAUCGACACACGUUGUU